AAUAAUAAUAAUGAUUAAAUCAUGAGAGGUAUAUGUAAUACAGAUAUAACAGUAAUAUUUUUAUGGCUGCUAAGCACUGGUUCUGAGACGAGCUCAUUCACAGACAAAGGUCCUGCUGGAUUGGUAAAUUCAGAAGUGACGAUAGUCAUAGUGAAACUGACGUCAAGUCGUGGAACACGAUUUAGAUGUGUGUUAGCAGCUAGCUCAAAGCGCACUGAGUUAGCAGCCUACAAAUUGAUACGAUAGAUACUGAUUUCUACACAGAUUGACUAUCCUGAGAACAGCAAUCCAGUCCGGGUUUUCCCGCCGUCUCACGCCGACGUCCAUUAAAUAUCCUGAAGUUGACUGGAGAGUGUAGGUCGAGUCUGGCAGAGGGCUGCCGUGAAUGGAUUGACAUAAGAAGGAUUUGCCUUUUAUCAGGUGCUUUAGUCUCUGUGGCAGCAUGUCAGUGUUACAGUUCAAAGAUACGUUGUGAAGGCGUUAUUCACGCGCGCCUGGGGAAGAUCCAUCGAAGAGCAAUGCUGAAGGAUCGGUCGUGUCGUACAGGCGGGGAAUAUUAUUAGCCCUCAGACAGUGCAUCUGUCUCUCCGGUAGCCAUACAUCCAUAUGUCAUCAGUGGAAAUAUAUACUCGAAAUAGGGAACAUUACAUGAAAGAUCUGAAAAGUACUGUUGCCCAGAUUCACCUUUAUACUGUUUCCCAUGCCGGCUAUCCUGAACUCCUCCUCCCUCACCCUCACUUGCUUCAGCUAUGCCUCAUACUCCCAAAGCACCCAAGAAGUCAUCUUGUGCAUCCAAAAAGCAAAAUGUUAAGAGGGUGAAAGCUUCCACGACUAGGAGGCAAACAGUCAACUUUCUCAAAGCCAAUGGCGAGAUCAAGAAGGCCAUAGACAAGAAACAGGCAACCAAGGCGGCCCAGAGGACUGCUGUCAGCAAGCACAGCAAGAGGACGGUCAAGAAUGUCCUCGUUGUUAAAGGAUCCAGGCACACGCGUGGUUCUUUGAACCAAAAUGGCUUGUUGUCAAAACGUAAUGGGAAAGGGAAGUCACCUUGCAAUAGUGUCUCGUGUCCGAGGGAAGUUGAGUCCUACAGGAGAGUGGCUACAAAGAAAAAGGGAGGUCUGAAGAUCAGGGAACAGGAUACUGAUACUAAAAGGUCAGAAGUUCAUGAUCCUAAUGGUGAUGGACAACAAAAGGGUGCUGUAAUUCCCACUGGAGAGGGACAGAGCGUUAACAUAAACUCAGAGCAAACUGUGGAGGAUCACAGAGAGACUGUUGUUCACAACACUGACAAGGCAGAGGAAGAGACAGUGAAAGCAGGCACAGAAACUGUUCAAAACGAAAGCUGCUCUUCUCCUAGGGAGCAGCCAAACUCGGCGUUUGUUGAGCAGUGUGACCCUCAUGACCCCGUCAAUAAUGUGGACUUUGCCUACAACAAUAAUACCUCAGGCCCAACAACUCCCUCCCCUUCACAAUCAGAUAAGUAUGUUUCAGGUCAAAUUGAGGAGGUUCAACACAUCGUUCCACACAUAAAUGUUCCCGACAAUUCUUGUCAAACCACUCCAGAAAACUCUACGGAAGCAGGUGAGACUGUAGCCUCCCAAGUGUGUCAGUCCUCCAAUGAAUCACCAGCACUUGAAAACAUUGUAAAUGCUCCCGAGAAGGAAAAAAAUGAGUUUGAAAGCACUGCAGACGUGGACACCAAAGAUGAAAUUGACGAUGCUGAAAUGUCAAUGAAGAAAGAGGGAGCGCUUUCUCUCCUCUCACUGAGCAUGACCAUUUACAACAGCACUCUUUGUGAAAUGGGCCAUGGGCCUCAGGCGACGGCGUUGCUCUCCAGUAGCACAGAAAGCACCCAGUCCUUGUUUGACAGCGACUCUGAGUCGGUUCUGUCAGGAAACCCUCCUCUCCAAGUUGAGGAUAUUCAACUGCGUUUACUUCAAAUUCAAGGGAGGAGAGACAAGAAAAAGAGAAUUUAUUGCGGUGUUUGCACACCCUGUCUGCGCAAGAUCAACUGCGGGGAAUGCAGGAGUUGCCAGAACCCAAAAACGGGCUAUCAGAUCUGUAAGCUCAGGAAAUGUGUUGAGCUGAGGAAAACGCCCCACAUGAUCUGUACAGGAGAGGUUGAGUCAGAGACAAACUCGGUAAAUGGCACAAGCUCAGAGCAGAUGGAGGAGACCUGUGCGACACCAGAGGAAGAGGCGCAUUACAUAUCCUUAACACACAAUGUUCCACCUGAUGUUCCCACAACUCUCCAGCAUGGCUUGUUACCAGCCCCUCCUGGAAAGGAGCCCGGGACCACUGAUGUACUUCUCCCUCACAACAGUGCUCUAACCUCUCAUAAUGGUGCUGGACACAUGAAACCAAACACUGAGAGACAUGUGGAUCCCACUGAGCCACAUGCCACGUUCCAUAGAUCCAUGUUUAAGAAAAGUCAUGAAUCCGAGUCCAUUCAAGAACAGACGGUUCCUCUGAAGAAGAUCAAACUGGAGGAGCAAUGGGUUGAGAUUGAUGACCCACACUCAAAGCACUUAGAGACUAACGGGUGCUAUGAAGAUGCUUUAUCUACCCUAGCAGCUGUGGUCUGCUUCUCCAGUACAGACAGGAAACGUCUAGAGGAGAGGCUUUACGGGCCUCAAGCCUGUUUAAAAACUGAACCGAAAGAAGAACCAUAUCAGUGUCAGUUAAAUCAAGGAGAAAGUCCAGAGGAACCUCCUCAGAAUGAUAACAUUGCACUAUCUUUACCCAGUGUCCAGUCUCUGGUCCAGUAUAGGAAUAUUAGCGCUGAUCAGGCUAUAGCUAUUGAGGCAUUGACCCAACUGGCAGCUACCCCACAAACAGUGCCCUUUGAAACAGAAAACCAGAGUCGGGACGCUCAGCGAGAAACGUCUACAUACUCUGCUUCAAGCAACCACAUACCUCUUCAAGAGGCUAAACCAGUUUCAGAUGUUUUCUCUAACAAGGUCUCUGUAAUUAGUUCAUCAUUGCAACAGACUUCUGUCAUCCGCAACCCUCUGAACAGGCCAGCCAACUUCACCCAAAGUCAAAAUCAGCAUUGUGCGUCUACCUCCAGAAAACUUUCCUUGAAGGAUCUUCUGGCGGCCAGCUCAGAAUGUGAAAAGCUAUCGUAUGCCGCGGAGAAUCGCAGAAACGGCCAAGCACUUUGUAAAGCCGACAGGUUAGAAGGCACUUUCAAGAAGUAUAAGCAUGGAGAAGCAACUCAGAUAUCAAGAAAGAGGGACGAGGAGGAAGUUGCGGCUCAAUUGGUGCAGCUCGCGUUCAUGAUCGAAUCCCGGCAGAUGCAAGUCUCGGAAAACAGUCCGCCAAAAGGUAUGCCGACUCAGACCAUGAAACACAAUCAUAAUUAUUUGGGGCAGCACUUAAAGAAGCAAAGGAAACCUAAAACGCCUUCAAAACCCAGGAUGUCUAAGAAGAAAGCUGCUGAGAUCGAAGGCAACCAUUGUAGGAUUCCGUUGGCCAAGAGAACUCCCAACAGGAAAACCCCACUCAAGGCCACCAUUCAGAAAGCCAUUUCGCAACAAAAAAAGAUGAGGUUCCAGCACAAGAGGAGUCCGUUUCUUCCCCAAGCGCAGAUAGACCUGAAAAAGUACAUAGCGGAGGCUCAUCACGAGAACAGGCAGCUCUUAUACUACAGCAACUCUCUGAAGAAAGAGCACUUUGAAACGAUCUUAGGUUCUGGUAAGCAGAACGGCUUUCACUUUAAACACGAGCAUGGAGCUCAAAGUCAUUCUUUACCGCCACCAAACGGACUCUUUCACAAUCAUACAAAUGACCAACUAGGUGCUAGCCAGUGGCCGAGGCAUGAAUGUGAACAACAAAUGAUUUCUCAGGUAUCGAAAACCUACGAUGUGCUAAAUCAUGGUGCUAAACAACAACCUCAGCAAACCAUGGCCAGUGAACCCUGCAAGGACUUGCCGCAAAGCCAAGGGAUGUACUAUAAAGCCAACGGCUUUAAUGAUCAUCAACACUUACACACAAAUCAAAAUGGAUUUUACAAAAUGGAGAAGUCUGGAGGUGUUACAGUGUCCACAUCCAGUGUACAUUUGGAGAACGGGGACAUGGGGAACACUGGAGAACAGACUCCUACCAAGCACACGAUCAACAGCUUUUUGGAGUCUUUUUUGGACACACGGACCAAGAAUCUUCUCAACACCCCCUCUAAACAAACCACAGAGCUGCCCUCCUGUGACUGUGUGGAACACAUAAUUGAGAAAGAGGAGGGUCCGUAUUACACCCACCUUGGAUCUGGCCCGAAUGUAGCAGCCGUGAGAGAGAUGAUGGAGAACAGAUAUGGCGAGAAAGGCAACGCAGUCCGUUUGGAGGUUGUUGUGUUUACAGGCAAAGAGGGGCGAAGCUCACAGGGUUGCCCAAUCGCCAAGUGGAUCAUACGUCGAGGAAGUGAGGAAGAGAAGUUGCUGUGUCUUGUGCGGCAGCGUGCUGGUCACUGCUGUCAGAACGCAGUGGUAGUCAUUCUCAUCCUGGCCUGGGAGGGGAUCCCACGCAGUGUGGCUGACAGGCUGUACCAGGAGCUCACACAGACUCUCUGCAAAUAUGGCUCGCCCACUAGCCGCCGCUGUGCCCUCAAUGAGGAUCGCACAUGUGCGUGUCAGGGUCUGGAUCCAGAGACCUGCGGUGCCUCUUUCUCGUUUGGUUGCUCCUGGAGUAUGUACUUCAAUGGAUGCAAGUUUGCACGCAGCAAAACGCCCCGGAAGUUCAGACUGCAGGGAGACUAUCCUGAGGAGGAGGAGAAGUUGGAGAAAAACUUGCAGAAUCUGGCAUCAGAUUUGGGCCCCGUGUACAAGAAACUUGCUCCUGAGGCCUUUCAGAACCAGGUGGAGCAGGAGCAGCAGGGGCAGGACUGUCGGCUGGGCAGGACCGAAGGUCGACCAUUCUCUGGUGUGACUGCAUGUGUGGACUUCUGCGCUCAUGCCCACAGAGACACACAUAACAUGACCAAUGGAAGCACUGUGGUAUGCACUUUAACCAAGGAGGAUAACCGUGCAGUGCGGAACAUUCCAGAGGACGAGCAGCUGCACGUCCUGCCGCUCUACAAAAUCUCUGACACUGAUGAGUUUGGCCAUGUUGAGGGCCAGUGGGCCAAAAUAAAAUCUGGGGCACUGCAAGUCCUCUCUGCUUUCCCAAGAGAAGUGAGGAUGUUGGCCGAGCCCGUCAAAUCAGCACGCAAGAGGAGGAUGGAGGCUAAAAGAGCCCAUGCUGAGAAACUAAGCGGCCUGGACAGUAAGCAGGGCACACCUGUGAAAGUGAAGAACGAGCCUCUUAAAGGUUUCAAACACACCUCUGUUGAACAUUCACCAUGUUUGGAAAAGGAUACUCGUAAUUUAAGUUCCAGCAUGCAAUUAUCUGGUGUUCCAGGCAUUGGAGACCAAUUCUCAGACUUCUGCUCUACUGUCCCGUACAACCAGAGUAACACAUGCCGCACUCCUCCUGUGGCCUCCAGCUUUGGCAUGUCCACACACCCGGAGUUCCCUCAACCGCAUGAUCCCUCAAGAGCAACGGGCCACAGCAAUGGUUCUCCUUCUCCUAGAGAUGGACUCGAGACCAUCAGGCAGAUGUCUGAACCGUUCAGAAACUCCUAUCCGAACGACCCUCUGAGAACAAAUUCGAAAUACUCUCCCUCGUUCAAAUCCGAGCCUGAGGAGAUGCGGUGCUUCCAGGGCGGCGCAGCUCCCACCCCGCUCUCCCCGCCCACUGCUGAGGGUCUCCACAGUCGCUUGAACCUGGAGGACCACCGCAACCCUCCAGUUAUGGCGCAACCACUGACCCCAGAGGUGGAUAGAGCAGAGGAAGUGUGGUCGGACAGCGAGCACAAUUUCCUCGACGGGAACAUCGGCGGGGUCGCAGUGGCUCCUUCCCACGGCUCCAUCCUGAUCGAAUGCGCUCGACGGGAACUGCACGCCACCACUCCCAUCCUGCGGCCCAACCGCACACAUCCCACCCGCAUCUCCCUGGUCUUCUACCAGCACAAGAGCCUGAACGCUUCGGGCCACGGCCUGCAACAGUGGGAGGCUAAAAUGGCCGAGAAGGCCAGGGAGAAAGAGGAAGCCGAGCGUCUGGGGCUCAACAACAGGUCAAAGGAGAUGGAUUCGGAUACGGAGAGCGAAAACGAGACUUAUCCAGAAGAGAGACGCAAGCUUCAGGUUCCUACCCGUCAAUCGCUAACAGUUCCGCGUGACGGCGUCGUCAUGUCAGCGCCCUACUCCCUCACGCACGUCACUGGGCCUUACAACCGCUGGACGUGAAGUUCUCCGUGCUUGUCUAGCUAAUGCCUUACCUCAGCUAGUUCUCAUCCUUUCAUGCCCGUUUUUACAUGUGCCCUUCUUCAGUUGUGCUCUUCAUCUCAGCUUUUACGAAGAAAUAGACUACCGUUUGUGGGUUUUUAACUGUGAGUUUUGGUGUGUAUGUCUGUGUUUUUUUUUUUUAUGUAAAGAGAUGGUGCUCAGAACAGAUGUUAUAAAACUGGUUUUAUACAUAUAGAUGAAAUUAGUGCAUAGAAGAUGUGAUUAUUUAUUCUGAUCAUUUUCAAGACUAUUUUGUAAUUUAAUUUCUGGUCCAAGCCUGUUUACUGCAAUAGGAGUAUGUCAUCCUUUAAAUGACGUGUGUAGUAAACACUCCGAAUUGACAUUGUCAAAUGUGAAUUCUAUAUUCUCGUCUCAGCCUUGAGUGCUGUCUUGUCCGACACUUGGUAGUUGCUAUUUUAUGGUGCCAUUGUAGCAGUAAGAUUAAAUGACCAAUAUAAACCACAUAUGGGUCAUUACAGGAACUGUACAUCAGUUCUCUGGGUAUUCGUAUUGGUAUGAAGGUACAUUGUUUCGGUAUUGUAAGACAUUGUUGGGGGUAAUGCAUUGCAAGUAACACAAGUUACAUAAUCGGAUUACUUUUUUCAAGCAACUUGUAAAGUAACAAAAUAUGUCAGUUACUUUUUAAAAGUAAGUAACGCAAGUUACCUUGCUUUCCCAUUUAUUCACUGACACUUCUCCUGUCCACGCGUUGAGAUAAACUGGGAGUUCCAGAGGCAUAUUAAUUUCACUUUUAUGUGAAAUGGCCUUUACAUUUGCCAAAAAUAUAACUUUUGAGGUUUUUGUUAUUAAAAAACAAAUAAGCAAGCCUAGCCCAGGUGACAAAGAGUAACGCAAAAGUAUCAUAAUGCAUUACUUUCCAUAAAAAGUAACUAACGUAAUUAUGGAGUAACGCAGUAUUGUAAUGCAUUACUUUUAAAAGUAACCUUCCCCAACACUGUUGUGAGAUAUAGUAUGUGGCAUCCCUUAAAAAAAGCACUUUGUAUCUUCAGACCAACUUGACCUUUGAAGUUUCCAAUAUGCACGUUUGGUUUAUUCAUAACAAAUUAUCUAUAGUCACGUUUUUGGUGUCAUGAUUAUAAAACUUUGCAUAUUUAAGCAAUAAUCAUGGAAGGUUUUAUGCUGCAUUUUGACAACGUGUCCAAACUGGUUCAUUUCUGGCACUUAUGUAAAAUUUUAUAUUAUUUGGUCCCAAUUUUUGAGUUUCUUUUCUUUUCUGUUUUCUGUUUUUUUUUUUUUUUUUUUAACUCCCAAAGAGGUUGAAACAUGACUUGAAAUAGCUUAAUCAUUUUAUACAAUUCAAGCGUGUUAAGUUAUGUUUGAACGAAUUUACUGUAUGUUUUUCACUGGUGCUUCUAAAGAGAUCCCAUGACACCUCCUGAGAUGUCAUUUCAUCUAUUUUUAUUGCUACAUAUUGAAUUUUAUUUUAAAUCAAUCACAUUUGGUGCGAGGGCUGGGUUGGAUCAGUGUCUGCGCAUUUUUAUACGCAAGUAUGUUUGGUUUUAUUUAGGUGCGUUGAAUGAAAAGAUCAAUUUUAUGACUUCAUAAUUGCAUAUGUAUCCAGAGGCCUAGUCAAGAUUUUGGCUCAAACGAAAGGUUUACAUUACUCUUACAUGAGGUUUAAAGUGAACAUACGGCUAAGAAAUGGCUUGUUAAUUUCAUCUUUAUGGUGCUAAAGAGUAUAUGUCAGUGUUCAAAACCAUUGUACACCCAAAAUGCUGUACUUCAGCACUUGAAACAACAUCUUGUCAUGUAGGUUGUGAGACAUUUUACACAUCGUCUCUGUUUUAACGAGUACUCUAGCUGCGACAAAGAUAGAAAAGCUCAACAUAAACCCAAUGCGAACCUAUGUUUUGGGGAACUUGAAGUCACAGAGUGGCAUGGGUACGUUCACGCUACUGUCUCUUCAAUUAAAUCUAUUUUUGCUGAACAAUGAUACUGUUGUUUUUGUGUACAACCAUCAUGUGUAACAAAAAGACGACGACAUUGUAACCCUGAGCUGAGUUUGUAUAUAGCUCAGGGAAAGUGCUCAUCAGUGGUGCUUAUUCAUAGUACCAGAGUCCCCCUGGCAUUGACAAAUCACAUGUAGGUGCUGCACUAGUUCUGGAUCUUUCUUUUUGGCCGGUGCUGAAUGUUUUACUCCGCUUGAAUAUCAUUAGAUCAUGCUAUGUUAUUGAGUGUUUUUCCUCUUGACUUUAUGUGGCACAAAUAAUACUAUGACCUCACAGUCCCCUGAUGGUAAUUGACUGACAUUGAAAUGCCAGUACUAUGAACAUCAGAUAGCCUAAGGGAAUUACCAAUGCAAUUCGAUUCAAUGCUCACUGAUUUUAUGCAUUUUUCUAAGCUAUUGUUUUCCAAGCUCUUGUUUUAUGUGAAUUAUGGGUUGGUUUUUGUGUCGCUGGUUCAAAAACUGCAUUUCUGUGUAGAUUUAUGAUUGGUUUAUAAUACCAUAAACUCAUUUUGUUAGAUUUGGCUCAUGUGAUCUUAUUUGAGUUCGGAAGAUUAAAUAUGGCUCUCAUUGCAAACAAACAAUUGUAAAAAACACAAACAAUUUGUUACAUUCCUUUUUAAGUUAAUAUAUUCGCAUUAGGUGUCUCUUGCAUGUUUUUCCUCUUUUUUUUUGUUGUAUAUUUUCCCUCUUUUCUCAGGUCUCUCUGCCCAUGUAACUUUGGACACAAGCUUCUACGAUUUUUGCAUUUGUCUUCCAAUUAAAUUCUCCAAAAUUUUUAUUUACUUUUGGCUAUGUUUUGUAAAAUGGAAAUGUUUCCCUUACAACAUCUUUAUGUAUAUUAUCAGUUUGACAAUUCUCUUCUGUAUAUGUUGAAUGAAAGCUGAAGUAUGUAAUUUCUGCUCCACUAGCAUAACUGCAUUAAAUAUAUAUAUAUAUAUAUAUAUAUAUAUAUAGUUUUCUCAGAUAGUCAGGUAAAUCGAUUGAUUAAUCCAAUGCUGUUGUGUUGGGCCGGUCUCGAGCAAUGAUUUGAUUGCAGCUCAGAGAUGCAGAUGUUACAUUUUUGAGGAAUUCAACCUACCAUUGGCUUAUGUACUUAUUUUUAUCUGAAUAUUGAACCAGAGUUAUUUUAACAUUGAAAAAAAUUACACACUUCAGCUUUAAGUAUGAAUGUAAGCCAUUAUGGGCACUGUUAUAAUGUGGAAUUUUAAACCUCCUCUUACCUACAAAACAAACAAGAACAUGUGAUGACUUGAAGACUUGUUCAUUUUGUGACUUGAAAUGAUCUGUCAAGGAAAGAAAACACCAGCUUUUGAGAUUUUUCUUUUAGAAAAUAAAAUGCACAGUAGUUGUACAGUA